UUAUUUUGACUGCCAGUGAGAUUGACAAGGAAGUCAUUUGUAAUGUUUUCAAAAACGGAACGAUAUGCAAACAGUCGCAGAACCGGGACGUUCACAACUUCACACUUAUUAUACAUCCUUCACAUCGUAGACUUGCCGCUACAUGUCCUGAGGUCCAGCUCGGGGGGUGGGAGCAGCCCAUUCAUGAAGGGGGUUAAAGAGGAGCAGUCGGCCGCUCUUUCGCUGAGCCUCCGAUGGAAGGAGGAGAUCCAUGUUUACUGAUGGAUUGAAGAGGUCCAUGUUCACUGAUGGAAGGAAGAGCUCCAUGUUCACUGAUGGAUUGAAGAGGUCCAUGUUCACUGAUGGAUUGAAGAGGUCCAUGUUCACUGAUGGAAGGAAGAGCUCCAUGUUCACUGAUGGAUUGAAGAGGUCCAUGUUCACUGAUGGAAGGAAGAGCUCCAUGUUCACUGAUGGAAGGAAGAGAUCCAUGUUCACUGACCUGCCCCAGAGGACCGCUGUGGAUCAUAGAGUUUGUCUGGGCUCACAGGAUGAUGGACAUACAGCAAGUUGUGGACCCCUCCUCUUGGCCGGAUGUGGGCUCUCAGCCUCUGAGCGUGGAGGACCCGUGGAGGCUGCGUGUUUCCUCUGCUCAGGUUUAUUCCAUCGUGAAGAGCAGAGACAUGCAGCACUUUGAGAGAGUGCUGAACUUUCUGGAAGACACACACAGACUUCUCCCCAGCCUGGUGGCUCCCAUCAAACACAUGAAGGUCAUGUUCGGCCUCAAGACCCUGCUCAUCAUGUGGAUGCUCAGAGAGAGGCGAGGAAUGGUUGAAACUGUGUGUAAAAUCAGCAAAUUCUUUCCAAGUAAACUCCCUCAGUACCAGGAUCAGUGUAGCCAACAUGAGAUGUUCCUCAUGAGGAAGAACCAUGUGGAGUUCAAGGCUCUGGCUCAGACUCUUGCUAUGGACAAGGACAAACGUGAAGAUCACAUUAAGAAUCACAUGGAGGAGCAGUACGGAGAACACUACGCUCAGAAAGUAGAGGACAGACUGCUGCACUACCUCCAGCAGCUGGAGACCGUGUUACCAGGAGACACACACAUUGAUAAGAUUCUGAAGAAAGAAAGCCCUGUGACCGAGGAGGAGAAGCUGCUGUUGGAAGUGAUAACCUCUGACUCCAAGAACAUCGCAGCAACUCUGAAGAAACUGCUGCACUGUGAUGUUGCUUUGUGUCGUCGGGCCACGAUUCCUCAGUCCUCAGCACAUGGAAAGAAUGGGAUGGAAAGCUCCAAACUCUCAGGGUCUGUUCUGCAUGUCAGUGCUUCAAAAGAUCUCCACGAGUCCAUGGAGGCCAAAACGUCCCUUCAGAACCCUCCAGUGGUUCUUCAGCGAGGGGGGGCUGAAGAAGACAGCGCUGUGUCGUUGAAGAAUGAAGAUGAUACAGAUGUUAGCAGACGACAAACAGAGGAGAGUGUUGAGUUCGUCAUGAGGGUGGGUGAAGACAUCAGUGACAGGGAAAUGAGUUGGAGCAGCAGAGGAGGCGUUCAGGAAGCCCCCCCCUCCCCUCAGUUCUGCUCCAAGCACCGGCGCUGGGUGGAGAGCAUCCUGCAGCAGUGUCCUGAGGAGUGCUCAGAGGAGCUCCAGGACAACGUCUCUUUGUCUCCUUUACUGUUCCAGUCGCCCUCAUCCACCACUACAUCACAGGACUUCACCCCCUCUGGUCUCAUCCCCUCCCCCUUUGACCAACAACUACCACCUUCAGAGACCUUCACCCAUCUUCAGACAGCUUCUCAGCCAGCAAACCCUGAGCAGAGUUCUGCAUCACCGGGAUCAUCAGCGGAUCCAGUUCUGCUGCCGUCGCCCAGAGACACUCAGCUGCCCCCCCAUUUGACGCCGGUCGAAUCAAGUUUAUUGAAUCAAAACACUUGUUUGACCGUACCAGAACUCAGCGUUCCUCUGCCUCCUACAGAAGAUGCUUCUACCGCUGCGUCCCCUUCAGGGACUCUUUCCUACAAAUUCCCUUUAUCUACUUCAUCAUCUCAACCAGUUGUCCCUCAGAACUCCUUCAAACCUCCUGCACAAAACACCAUUCAUUUUCAACCAUCAUAUUCCACUGUCGUCUCCUCUCCCUCCCCCUCUGAGGCCCCGGUGGUCAGGGUGGAGAGCAGCAGGGUCCGGAGAGACGGGCUGAGGUUGUCUCUGCACAGCCAGGCCGUGCUGCUGCAGUCCAGGCUGCUGCAGCCCUUUGUGCCUCUGAGCAGACUGAGCGCUCAGGAGUGCUACAGAAUGACAGGGUGGAGAUCCUCCAGCAGAGGGUCAGAGCCGGGGGUACGAGGCAGAAAUGAUGAAAACAGGAGGGAGGAGGAGGACGGGGAGGAGGAAGAAGAAGAUGAAGGUUCCUUUGAUCCGAACAUUCUUUAUUCCAGUUAUUCUUCAAGUAGUGCUGACGACUCCAUGGACUGCGACCCUGAUUACAAACCUUGCUUGAAGAAGAGAAGACUGCUCUUAGAAUAUGAAACUGCAAGGACCAUGGAUCAUACUUAAACACAUUUAAAUAUAUGGACUAUAGCCGGAUGCAAACUUGCUUUUUGACAUUAAUGAUAUCAAUAUUUUGACUUUUAAAAAAGCAACAAAAUAUUAGCAAAGAGUACAUUUUUAACAUAAACAAAAUUGUGACUUUGUACAUUUUACACUGUAAAUAUCAACAUCCUUUGUAUAAAAUAUGAAAUGGUGACACUGUUUCUUAAUUCUUUGUUAAUUAUUAUUGUAGCAUAUCCCUCUGGCAGAUGUGUCUGAAAUGUGUGGGUGUUUUGUGACAACAGAAAAUGGUGUUGAUCUGUUGACAAAUUAGAAUAAAUAAUCCAGUGGGGCCAGA